CCUGGUUUUGGCAAGAUAGGUUGUAGUUUCUCGGAGUUGGGUGGUUGGGAGGUUUAAUUUCGUGUGUUGUGUUGUCUUCAAUCAACAUCGGACACUCGAAUAAUUUCCAUAUUUCAAGUCGAGUCAUGUUUCACUGCGGCCUACUCUUAGUGUUAUUCGACGUUUUUUUCGAUGCUGUCGGUGGCGUAACUCAAUUGGAGGUUGACAGGCAUUUGCAACUCGGGAGGGACUUUCUUGCGAAAGGGCAACUUCAAGAUGCCCUUUUACAGUAUCAUGCCGCAGUUGAGGGGGAUCCCAACAACUACUUAACGUACUAUAAAAGAGGCACCGUUUAUUUGGCAUUAGGGAAAGCUAAAUUUGCUCUGCUUGAUCUGGAAAAAGUUUUAGACUUGAAACCAGAUUUCACGGCUGCAAGAUUACAACACGGAAUUGUUUUGCUCAAACAAGGACAACUGGAUGGGGCAACAAAUGAUUUUUUGGAUGUGGGAAAGGAAUUUUCAGUCAAGAUGAUAGAGCCGUUGCGAGAGGAAAUAGCGACGGCGAAGACGUUGGUGAAGAGAGGCGACUGUGCCUCUGCAGUGCCGCUGAUUACGAGGAUCAUAGAAUCGUGUCCGUGGUCCCCGUCGCUCAGGGAACUCAGAGCCGAGUGCCACGUGGCUCUCGGCGAUUACAUGAAUGCCAUUUCCGACAUUCGAUCGACGACCAAAUUGCUCUCGGACAACACGGAGGGUUAUUUCAAGCUCUCCUCGCUCCUCUAUCGGCUGGGCCAAGUCGACGAGGCAUUAAAAGAAAUACGAGAGUGUCUCAAGUUGGAUCCUGAGCACAAAGAGUGCUUUCCGUUUUACAAGAAGGUGAAAAAAGUCGCGAAACUUUUGAGCGACGCAACGACCGCGCAGGAGGUAAAAGACAGUGGCGACUGUAUUCGAUUUGCGAAUCGCGUUCUCCAGCAGGAGGCCACAGUUAAAAAUGUCCGAUACACGGCUCUGCAUCUCCUCUGCAAAUGUUACGCGGCCGACAAUAAAGUUUCGGACGCGAUCAAAAGCUGCGACGAAGCAUUCCGGAUACGGAAGGAGCCCGGCAUUCUCUGCGACCGAGCCGAGGCCUAUCUAGCCGGCGAAAUGUAUGACGACGCAAUAAGAGACUACAAGGAAGCCCUCGAGUUGGAUCCACACUUUCAGCGAGCAAGUGAAGGUCUCCAGCGCGCCCAGCAGCGUCAGAAGCUCUCGGAAUCGCGAGAUUACUACAAAAUUCUCGAUGUGCCGCGAACCGCCUCGAAGCGGGAGAUUGUCAAGGCUUACCGAAAGGCGGCUCAGAAGUGGCAUCCGGACAAUUUUCAGGAUGGCGAGGAGAAAAAACGAGCCGAAAAAAAGUUCAUCGAUAUCGCGGCAGCCAAAGAGGUUUUGACCGACGAGGAGAAACGGGAAAAAUUCGAUCGGGGCGAGGAUCCCCUUGAUCCCGAGUCGGGAAAGCAUCAGCAAGGAUUCAAUCCUUUCCGUGAAUUCCACCACUUCCAUGGUUCCCCAUUCCAGUUCAAAUUCCACUUCAAUUAGGGCCAGAAAACAAAAAAACUGGAACUGGAAUUAGAACUGAAAUCACGUCCCGGGAAUUCUUGAAAAACUCGCAAAAGUCACUCUUUCUCAGUGAUAAGUGAAAAGAUAAAAGGUGUACCUGCGAGAUAUCUAGAACUUUUAAAAUUUAAAUAAUUUUAAUUUUAGGUAAAGAAAAAAGAUUUAUAUUGAUUGUGUUGGUCGAUGGGAGGGAUCAGCAAUCGAAAAUGCCGUGAAUUCCGCUUCCUUUAGGAAUUGAGGGCCAGGAUUCUUUAACAAAUUUCUCUCUUCUUACUUUCAAUUUUCUCUCUCUGUCUCCAUAAUUUAGCCAAUUUUCUGCAGAUAAUUUCAUGAAAUUUGCAGUAUUGUUUUCUACGAUUGGUAGGAAAAAAAUAAUUUAUCAAGAUCUUUGUUUGAACGGAAGAUAUUUAUUUUUAGCUGAGAUAUUGCAGAGAUGAAUUUAUAUCUUCAAAAUGAUUGGGAGUCGAGCGAAUUUUGAGUUAUCAAAUAUUUUCAGGGAGAAGGAAUUAUUUAAAAUAAAUUCGAGAGAUUUUUUUUUUUUU